AACAGCUGAUGAUUUUGUGGCGAAAAAUUAAAAUAUACUUUACUUAAUGUUUACGAGAGAGUGUUUUUUUUUUUCAAAUAAAAAGUAAAAUGGACAUAAGCGUUGCUUUAUUUUACAACGAUGAAAAUGUUGAUCCCAAAACUGAUGUGCUGCGCAUACGGAAAAGGCUUCGUGAUCACUCGAAUCCUUUGGAACUUCCAAGCACCAAAUUCAUAAGCUACUUUCGUUUAAAUAAGGAAGCAUUUGUCUUUUUGCUAAACGAGAUGGAGGAACAUUUCCAGAAACGUGCGCGAGGAACGGCUGUACCUCCCAUAUUGAAAUUAUGUGCAACUCUCAGGUUCCUUGCUGACGGCAGUUAUCAAAAGUGCAGUGGAAAUGAUUUUAAUGUUGGACUGGCGCAACCUACAAUAUCUGUAGUUAUUAAGGAGGUUUUAAAUAUAAUUGAGCAGCAUAUUUGUGGAAAAUGGAUUACAACCCAAAUGACUGAAGAGGAGCAAAACGCGUCAAAAAUUACAUUCUAUUCAAAAAGCGGAUUCCCCGGAGUAGUGGGUUGUAUCGAUGGGACUCACGUUCGCAUCAUUUCACCAAAAAAAGAAAUGCAACAUCUUUAUCUAAACAGGAAAGGCUACUACAGUUUAAACGUCAUGAUUCUUUGCGAUUACAAAAUGGCUAUCCGGUAUGUGGAUGCUACACACGCGGGCGCAAAUCACGAUUCCUUUGUUUUUAACGUAAGCGAUUUGAAAGAGCAUCUGCAGAGAAACAUACAAAGUAAUUCCUGGAUUUUAGGUAAGACUGGUCAUUAGUAUUUAAUACAAAAAUAGAUUGUUUAAAAUAUUCCUUAAAGGCGACGCUGGUUACCCUCUACAAACUUUUUUAAUGAC